ACGCGCAUGAAGUUCCAUAUAUAAACAGCUCAAACUCUGAAGCAAAGUGUUAAAAGUAGUAGAGAUAUAAUAGAGAGGACAAGCAACAAGAAGCACAAGUUGUGUUGGAAGUGGAGGAGAGAAGCCCUUGUGUUAUCUUCUUACUUUUCUAACAUACCUAUUGCUCACAUUGCUCCACGUUCAUCCAUAUUACUUCAUUAAAGCCUGAGGCACCCAAAAGAUCAAAUCUUUAGGGGCUUGCUGCAUCUGGGUGUCUCUCUCUAUCUCUCCAAUGGCGAGUUGGGUCAUCUCAGAAUGUGGCCUCAAGCCUCUCCCUAGAGUCUACCCUCAAACCAGAAAUGGCCUCACCUCAAAACCCAUUAGGCCAUUGCAACUCAAAAACAAGAGCCUUGGUUCUUCUUUGAGGGUGUCAAAUGGGUUUAGAGGGCAGAGUUGGGCGCUCAAUGUGAGUGCUCCAUUGAAUGUGGUGACUCUUGGGGAAGAUAGGGUUGAUCAAGAUGGUGGGGAGUUUGACCCUGGUGCAGCUCCUCCGUUUAAUUUGGGUGAUAUUCGGGCAGCAAUUCCAAAGCAUUGUUGGGUUAAGAAUCCUUGGAAGUCUAUGAGUUAUGUUGUGAGGGAUGUGGCUGUGGUUUUUGGCUUGGCGGCUGUGGCGGCUUACUUUAACAAUUGGGCUGUUUGGCCUCUUUACUGGUUUGCUCAGAGCACCAUGUUCUGGGCUCUCUUUGUUCUUGGCCAUGAUUGUGGUCAUGGAAGCUUCUCUAAUAACCCAAAGCUGAAUAGUGUGGUGGGUCAUCUUCUUCAUUCUUCAAUCCUUGUCCCAUACCAUGGAUGGAGAAUAAGUCACAGAACUCAUCAUCAGAACCAUGGUCAUGUCGAAAAUGAUGAGUCUUGGCAUCCGUUAACUGAGAAAACCUUCAAAAGUUUGGAUAAGGUUACUCAGAUAUUGAGGUUCGCCUUGCCUUUCCCUAUGCUUGCUUACCCCUUUUAUCUGUGGCUUAGAAGUCCAGGAAAGAAAGGUUCUCAUUAUAAUCCGAGCAGCGACUUGUUUCUUCCAACUGAAAGGAAAGAUAUUAUCACCUCCACUACCUGUUGGACUGCAAUGGUUGCCCUGCUUAUUGGUCUGAACUUUGUAAUGGGUCCAAUGCAAAUGCUUAAGCUUUAUGGAAUUCCAUACUGGGGGUUUGUCGUAUGGUUGGACUUAGUGACUUACUUACAUCACCAUGGCCAUGAAGACAAGCUUCCAUGGUAUCGUGGAAAGGAAUGGAGUUAUCUAAGAGGAGGGCUAACAACCCUUGAUCGUGACUAUGGACUGUUCAAUAACAUUCAUCAUGAUAUUGGUACCCAUGUCAUACAUCACCUAUUCCCUCAAAUCCCACACUACAACUUAGUAGAAGCAACCGAGGCAGCUAAGCCGGUGUUUGGGAAGUACUACAGGGAGCCAAAGAAAUCUGGGCCUCUCCCAUUCCAUUUAUUGGGAGUCCUUGUAAAAAGCUUCAAGAAAGAUCACUAUGUAAGUGAUACUGGGGAUGUUGUAUAUUAUCAAACUGAUAAGAAAAUCUCCGGAUCUUAGGAUCUAGGAUAUGGAGUUGUGAAGUUUUCAGGGUACAACAAUUGAAGGGUAGCAAGCUUUACAUUCUUUCUCCAACUUUGAACUACUUACUACUGUCAUGGGCAGCCAUUCUGCCCACGCAUACAUUGUAAUUGUAUCAAGACGAGAGGUACUUGGCAUAGAUGAUUUGCAGGCUCUUAAAUUGUAAUAGAGGGGCAUAUAUGUAGUGUACUAUAUAUUGAUUUGUGAAGGAAAUAACUUUCUUUUAUUUGACACAUCUCAGAGUACCAACACCAACUGAAAUA